AUGUGGUGCACCAGGGACAACACAAGUGGAAGCAUGACCUGUGUAUGGUGUGCACUGUUGUGUCGAGAGUGCACAGGCUACAGUAUCAGCUGUCUGAGCAGUAUGAGACCUGACCGCAAUCCUGGACAGGAGGUGAUUGGGGCCGCUUCUAAGAGGAACAGCCACCAAGAGAGAAGAGAGUGUGGCCCUGCGGAGAAGGUGACUCUGGAUGUGCAGAGUGUGGCUGUUGCCGGAUUUUGCGCCAAGGAGAAUGUAGACAACUCCGAGCUGGCUAUACUUGGCCCUAGUGGAGCCGGGGACAUAGCCGGCAUGAUGAGACUGGAUCUCAUAUUUGGCGGUCGUCAUGGAGCAAGACUGCAAGAUCACUUGCAGCGCAGACUGGAGGAGCGCAAGCUGCGACAGAGAGGCAAGCUGGGCUCCAAGCACAACGGACUCAAGCUGAAGGGGGCCAACAACCGUCCUGGUCCCAGUAUCCAACCUCCCCCAGCAGUCACCAAGCCCCCUAUACCCAUUUCCGUACCCCUGUACCUGCUACGGCACCCGCACUUGUUG